UCCCGGAACUACUGAUUCUGCUGCUGGAUAUUGGGCUGUAAAUCAGUGAAAUCACAGCGUCGGUCCGGUUUGACUGGAGGACUUUAAGUCGAACACCGCAGAUAAAAAAAACAAAAAGAAACGGACUUUGAUAUUGGAGCGAACAUAUAAAGUGUAGAAGCGCAGAAAGGCGGUUCAGUGAAACCCAGAGGAAGCGAAGCAAAAACCAUGACAACGUGGAAGAUAGUAGGAGCUCUGCUGCUGCUGCUGCCUGCAGUGUUUUGCCAGCGGACCAUCAGAUGGUGCACCGUCUCAGAGCCAGAGCAGAAGAAAUGUCAGGCUAUGAGCCAGGCUUUCUCCAGAGUCUCCAUCCGGCCCUCCAUCAGCUGCAUCAACGGCCCAACCGUCCAGGGCUGCAUUCAGAAACUACAGAAAAAAGAAGUGGAUGCCUUGUCCAUGUCUGGCACUAACAUCUACAAUGCAGUGAAGACUGCCACCUUCAAGAUGGCUGCCAGUGAAUCAAAGAAUGGUGAUACCAGCUCCUACUACGCCGUUGCUGUGGUGAAGAAGACUAACUCCGCAAUCAAUAUCAACAACCUGGCGGGGAAACGGAGCUGCCACACCGGGAAAAGGCGAACUGCUGGCUGGGAAAUGCCGCUAGGAUACUUCAUCGACCAGGGCUUCAUGUCCGUAAUGGGCUGCGACAUUUCAAAGGGUGUGGCUAAUUUCUUCAGCGCCAGCUGCAUUCCUGGGGCUAACGAGGCUGGUGACCCUGAGUCCCUAUGUCAGCUGUGCAAAGGAGACGGAACAGGACAACACAAAUGUGAAAUGAGCGAGCAAGAAAUGUACUACAGCUACGAAGGAGCAUUCAGAUGUUUGGCUGAAGACGCUGGGCAGGUGGCUUUCAUCAAACACACUACGGUUACAGAGAACACUGACGGUCGGGGUCCGUUGUGGGCCCAGUCCUUGUUAUCGUCGGAUUAUGAGCUGCUGUGCCGUGACGGGACCAGAGCUCCUGUCUCCCAGUGGAGUCGGUGCCAUCUGGUUCGCAUCCCGUUUCGUGGCGUCGUGGUUGGCAGUGACAUCACUCCCUCUGUGGUUUUCAACAUGCUAAAUGAAGGCCUGGCAAAGUCAGAUUUCAACAUGUUUUCUUCAGCGGAUUACAGUGGGGAAAAUGUUCUGUUCUCUGACUUGACCACCACGUUUGAGUUGGUGGAGACAGACGACCCGCUCAGCUGGAUGAGCACAAACUAUUACAACGUCAUGAAGGCCAUGGACUGCACGCCUCAAGAUAUUCCCUCUGCCAUUCGAUGGUGUGUUUUGUCGAGCGGAGAGCAGCAGAAAUGUGCUGAUAUGGGCGCCGCCUUUCAGAGCAAAGGUCUCACUCCCACCGUCAGCUGCAUCUACGGCGCCUCUCUGACUGACUGCAUGGCCAAGAUCAAAAACAACGAGGCGGACGCCAUGACGUUGGACGGAGGUCACGUUUACACAGCGGGUAAAGACUAUGGCUUGGUUCCCGCUGCCGCAGAGAGUUACACAGUCGAGCGUGACGGUUCCUCAUACUACGCAGUUGCAGUGGUGAAGAAAAGCAGGACCGACAUCCGUAACCUUGACGACCUGCGUGGCGGUCGCUCCUGUCACACCGGCUACGGUCGCACCGCAGGGUGGAACGUUCCUGCAACCGCUCUGAUAGAGAGAGGACUGAUCAGCCCGAAAGACUGCCUGAUUCCCCAAGCGGUGGGAGGAUUCUUCCAGAAGAGCUGCGUUCCUGGCGCCAAUCAAGACGGCUUCCCCAAGAACCUGUGUGAUCUGUGUGUGGGCGACGACUCGGGGCAGAACAAAUGUGAAAAAGGAAAAGAUCGGUACGACGGAUACGACGGGGCGUUCAGGUGUCUGGCUAAAGGGGACGGAGACGUGGCUUUUAUCAAGCAUUCCACUGUCUUCCAAAACACAGACGGUCAUUCCACGGAAAACUGGGCUGCAGGUUUGGUGUCCACAGACUUCCAGCUGCUCUGUUCCCAGGGAACCAAAGCCGAGGUCUCCCAGUACCGGCUGUGCAACCUGGCCAGAGUUCCCUCUCACGCCGUCAUGGUGCGCCCAGAAACCAACAUCCACGCCAUCUAUGGGCUGCUGGACCGCGCACAGACCCACUUCAGCAAUGACUCCGGUUCUGGUUUCAAGAUGUUCGACUCUCAGGGCUACGUGGGCACAGACCUGAUUUUCAAAGACUCCACUGUUCGCGUCGUCGGUGUUGGCGACAAAAAGACGUACCAGGAUUGGCUGGGUCAGGAUUACAUGAACUCACUGGAGGACAUGGAGUGCAGCUCCUCAAACGCAGCCGUCUCCUCUGCGUUGCUGCUGCUGGUUGCGUUGCUCAGCCUCAUGUUGACCAACGUCUGGAUGUAACACAGCGACUCCAGAUUCACCUCUAGACCCGUGGUCCUUCUUCACACUCAUUAUCCCACGCUGUCAAUCGCCUCUUCAUCGCUUCUCUUUCUCUUUCGCAGCUUUUUAACUCGUUUGAUUGCGGUCUAGUUAAAUCAGUUUGUAGCUUCAGGCUAGUUGCUUUCUAGAAACCCAAUCCAGUUUGUUUGUGUGUGAAUUUACAAUCUGGGGAUAAAAGAGCUGAUUGGAGCAAUAAAGAGAAACGGAGCACAUUG